UUUUUCCCCUCAGAGAAUCUCUUCACAUUAAAGAGAUAAACACCUCCCUCGAUCCCUGUCUCUCUGUCCUCUCUCUCUCUCUCUCUCUCCCUCUCUAAAAACCUUCACUCUCAUACUCUUCUACUCAUGGAGAUCCCAGAAAAGCUCCUCAAGUUCAAGUACCACUUUCUCUGUGCACUCAUUUUCUGCCUCACCCUUUACUCCCUAGCCCUCUUUGCGCCAAGAUUUCUAACCAUCCUGGCCUACUUUUGGCCUCUCUUCCUCUCCACUGCUCUCUUCCUCUUUGCCGUCGUCGUCUUCGGGAAGACCUCGUUACCGGGCACCGAUGCGCAUGCAGCUGACAAAGCCGGCGAAGGCCUCCUCGAUUAUGUAGCCGGCCAACCGGACCACACCGUCGUGGAAAGUUACCCUUCUGAAAUGUAAUGUAAUUUUUGUAGCUGUAAUUUCUAACUUGUGUUGUUCAACAUCGAUCCCUGUGAACUGUGAUCUCCGGGAAGAAUAAUAUCGCUAAUGGCAUAGGGUCCUUUUCAUUUUGACCUCCUCCUCUUAA